UUGAACCUGUUUCUGUUGUCAGGAAGUGAAACUCACACAGUCACUGUGUCUGAAACCAGAAAUGGAGCAGAAUCAGCUCGACCGAGAAACGUUCUCCUGUUUGAUCUGUCUGGAUCUACUGAAGGAUCCGGUGACUACUUCCUGUGGACACAGCUACUGUAUGAACUGUAUUAAAACCCACUGGGAUGAAGAGGAUCAGAAGAGGAUCCACAGCUGCCCUCAGUGCAGGGAGACAUUCAUACCGAGGCCUGUGCUGAAGAAGAACACCAUGCUAGCAGCUUUAGUGGAGCAGCUGAAGAAGACUGGACUCCAAGCUGCUCCUGCUGACCACCGCUAUGCUGGACAUGAAGAUGUGGCCUGUGAUUUCUGCACUGGAAGAAAACUGAAAGCCAUCAAGUCCUGCUUAUUCUGUCUGGCCUCUUUCUGUGAGAAACACCUUCAGCCUCAUUAUGAUUCAGCUGCUUUUAAGAAACACAAGCUGGUGGAGCCGUCCAAGAACCUCCAGGAGAACAUCUGCUCUAAGCAUGAUAAGUUAUUGGAGAUUUUCUGCCGCACCGAUCAGAAGUGUGUCUGUUAUCUCUGCACCAUGGAUGAACAUAAAGGUCAUGACACAGUCUCGGCUGCAGCAGAAAGGACUGAGAGGCAGAGAGAGCUGGAGGAGAGACGAGGAAACAUCCAGCAGAGAAUCCAGGACAGAGAGAAAUAUGUGAAGCUGCUUCAACAGGAGGUGGAGGCCAUCAAUCGCUCUGCUGAUAAAACAGUGGAGGACAGUGAGAAGAUCUUCACUGAGCUGAUCCGUCUCCUCCUGGAAAGAAGCUCUGAUGUGAAGCAGCAGAUCAGAUCCCAGCAGGAAACUGAAGUGAGUCGAGUCAAAGAUGUUCAGGAGAAGCUGGAGCAGGAGAUCACUGAGCUGAAGAGGAAAGACGCUGAGCUGGAGCAGCUCUCACACACAGAGGAUCACAACCAGUUUCUCCUCAACUACCCCUCACUGCCAGCACUCAGUGAGUCUACACACUCAUCCAGGAUCAACAUCCGUCCUCUGAGACACUUUGAGGACGUGACAGCAGCUGUGUCAGAGCUCAGAGAUAAACUACACAACGUCCUGAGAGACUCAUGGACAAACAUCUCACUGGUGGUCACUGAGGUGGAUGUUCUACUGUCAGAACCAGAACCAAAGAGCAGAGCUGGAUUCCUAAAAUAUUCAUGUGAAAUCACUUUGGAUCCAAACACAGUACACACAGAGCUGGGACUAUCAGAGGGGAACAGGAAGGUGACACUGAUGAGUCAACGUCAGUCCUAUUCUAGUCACCCAGACAGAUUCACUGGAUGUUAUCAGGUUCUGAGUAGAGAGAGUCUGACUGGACGUUGUUACUGGGAGAUUAAGAGGAGCAGGUUUCAGGUUCGUAUAGCAGUCGCACACAAGACUAUCAGCAGAGCAGGAUGGAGGAAUGAAUGUGGAUUUGGAUUUAAUAACAAAUCUUGGGCUUUAGACUGUUCCAAAAACAGUUUUAAAUUUGGUCACAACAACAUCUGGACCUCCAUCUCAGGUCCAGUUUCCUCCAGAGUCGGAGUGUACCUGGACCACAGAGCAGGUAUUCUGUCCUUCUACAGCGUCACUGAAACCAUGACUCUCCUCCACAGAGUCCAGACCACAUUCACUGAACCGCUACUGGCUGGAGUUUCUGUUGGUCUUACCACUGGAGACUCUGUGGAGUUCUGUAAACUCAGAUAGAUUUCCAUAGAUUUCCUCUCUUCACUCUGAUUGCUGAUCAGGGUUCAGUGUUCUGAUGUCUCGGCUCUGAUGUUCUUUAUUUUUCCGGUUUAAAUGUAGUUUCCUGUGUUCCAGAAUCUAUAAACCUGCUGAUGUUUUGUUUAAUUCUGCUAUGACUGAAAAAUUUCUCCACAUGAAAAUCUAUAUUUGCUUAGGUUUUAAUAGUUUUGCCUUAAUAUUUGUAUGGAUGUAUUUGGAUGUUCACUACAAAAACCUAGAAUCUUACCAAAUAUUUUGUCUACUUUAAAGUGCUAAUAUCUUAUUACACUUCAAAAAAAGACUAAACUAACUUACAAGUAACUUUUCUUUUCUUUGUGUUCCAGAAGCCAUAAAGAUAACCACUGCUGAUGUUUUCUUUCAUUAUUAUGUGAUAUAGAAAUGUUUCUACAAAUAAAAAUCUGAACUUGU